AGAAUACACAAUCUCGACUCUAACUUCUCUACGAUACCAUAUCAACUUUGAAAUCUUCCUUCAGAAUGCAUUUCUCCUUCACCUCCAUCAUCGCCAUCAUGGCCACCCUCAGCGCUAGCAGCUCCGCCUUCGUCAUCGAUACUUACAGCGGAAGCAACUGCAACACCAUCGUUGAAAACAACGUCAAUACUUGGGACAACACCUGUGCGACUUGGCCGAAAGGUUUCAAAUCCUUCAGAAUCAGGACUUGGGGCGGUAAUCAUCAGCACGCGUACUUCUUCGCGCCCAACAACUGCGGCAGCCUUCCCGACGCUAUCAAGUCGGGUUAUGUGGAUUCUACUACGAACGAUUUCAAGCUGAAUACUUGCUACUCUUUCAAUGGCGCGAGUGCGAAUGCGAUUGCCUCGUACCGCGGCUGA